CUGGAGCAUAAAGGAACAAAAGGCGUUGAGCUUCCUCCUAGUCUGCCAUCAUAACACACGUUGAGAGAGCUGAAUAACUUUUCAGAGGACACUAUUUUUACCGAGACACAAGCACAAAAGCUACGACAUGAACAUGUUCAAAAAUAAAACAGCAACUGCAAAGUUUUACAAAGAACCAGCAAUGCUGGAGGAAGUGUACACUGGAUACCUGCACAAGUCCCCUGGUCAACCGGCCUUAUUAAAAACCUUUAAAUCCUGGAAACGCCGUUUCUUUGUGCUCUCCAAGACGGACGAAGACGACUACCAUCUGACAUAUUACACAAACAACGAAAAGAGAGACAAACCUGUGGGAGAGAUAAACCUUUCUAAGAUCACCUUGAUGUUUACUGGCCUAGAGACACAUCCGAUGCGGGACUGGAUUCAGAAACACUUCAAGUGUCCUCCAUCCUCUGUGCUGUUCUUGAGGGUGGAAGACGACACACACACACACAGCAGAGACUAUUUUCUUAUUGGAGAAAACAGUGAUGAUGUGGAUGGUUGGUGCAAAGCCCUGAAUACCGCAAAAUCAAAUAAACAAAGACAUACAUUUAACACCAUUGAGGACAACAGAAGUAGAUCAACAUCUGCACCUCUGAACGGUUCAGAACAAAAGGUUGAAGGUCUGUCUGAUGAAAGAUGGUCAGCACCUGAAUUAAUGUUAUCUCCUCCACCAACCCCAGGCCAUUAUGACUAUCCUCGCAAGUUCAGCGAACCUCCAGUACCAGUAGAGCUCAAGAUUUCAGUUAACGAGGAUAAAGAUGAGAAGGACGGGAAACAGGAUGAAGCUCCAGAGGACAACAAUGAAUACAUGGUCAUGGCAUCAGUGCAAAUGGCGUUGGAAGAUGUCCAACAGGAGACGGACACUGCAUGCAUACAGACAAACACUUCCAUUAAUGGCCACGAGUCUUCUGUGUGCAAUGGUGCCGUCAACCAUGAUACGGACGAUGAUAAUAAACGAAUGAGUGCAGAUGAGAGACAUUCUCUGCCUCGUCUCCUCAACUCCAAUGGGAACUGUGCCUCUACAGAGAAGGUCGAGGCGCCUUUAAACAAUGGUGAAAUACGAACACAUGUUGAGAAGAAGAUCUGCGUUCGUCAAAACAGUCUGAAAAACAGCCUGAUCUUGAAACAGGAAGAAGCCAAAUCAUGUGUGUCUGAUUGUCGGCAAAUCUAGGAUUCACAUCUAUUCCAUAAGGGGGAUCAAAUCCUGGCCUUCGAUGACCUGCUAACAGACACAGAAAUACAGAUAUAUAAGCAAGUCACUAAAUUCAGAGAUCUAUAAUUAUAAGUAUAAAUACUACUGUAUGUACAUAAAACUGUAUAAGUUGUAGUGGGUAUUAGUCCUGUCUCCUCUCUACCAGUAAGCUGGUGUGUGGUGGGCAUUCUGGUGCAAUAUGGCUGCCGUCGCGUAAUGCAGCACAUUGGUGGUGUUUGAGGAGAUUACCCCUUUGUAAAGUGCUUUGAGUACCCAGAAAAGUGCUAUAUAAAUUUAAAGAAUUAUGUUUGAUUAUGUCAAGAACAAGAGUCAAGUAUUACAUUAUAACAAGUAUGAACUGAAGGUGGUAAAAACUGGAACUGAAUCGUGGUAAAAAAAAAUGUUCAUGUAUUUUAACCUCUUUAAAGCUGCACUUUUUUCCCCUUAAUGGAACAUGGGGGUGGAAAAAAUAUGAGAUGGGAGGAAAAGUAAGUAAAUGCUAUUGCGCUUCCUCCUCAAAACACUUUAGUGUUCCCUGGAGAAACUUUGCAUUUGCUCACACAUCUUACAGUAUGUGUUCUUUGUAAGCAAACGCAAAGUUUCUCGGGGGAACACAAAACAAUUGCCAGCGAACUCAAUAGCAUUGACAAUAAUGUUUACUCCUAUCUCCCUUUUUUCUUCAUGUCCCUUUAAAGGCUCCGCACUUUUUAUAAUUCUAACAGUAUGAGAUACUUUAUAUACUGUGUAUAUACAACUUUACUGUCAUUGUGUAUUUCAUUUUGAAAAGCAUGUAAUCAAUGAUGUCUUGCUCCAAAUCAUUAUACAUUGAUUUAAAUGUUUCAGUCACAAUUUAUGGAUUACUGAAAAAGUAGCCUAUAUAGCUGUACUGUACCAGCAUGUAUUUGCACAUUGUUACGCUGUGAAAUGUUAUUAAACUUUUAUAAUUCUUAA